UCAGUUUCUAGCGUUGUUGAUCGCUGAUAUCGGCAUUUUUCUGUUUGGAAUUCUAUAUCUUAUAUCCUUUUACGUGUCCUAAUAAUCGCUUUUGUUGAUACUUAACAACUAAAAUAACGUAUUAAAUUUAAUUUCCUGAUGUAUAUUGUGGUGUAAACAGAAUGAAACUUAUCUAACCUCUAAUGAAAGUUUGAUUACAAACAAAGUCUAAGAAAACAGUUAUCAUGGGUGUCACAGUUUUACAACAAUACCCGGUUCCGGAGAACAAGACUGGUACCUACGUAAUAGAGCUGCUUACUAAACGGAUACUGGCACUAGGAGCCUCACAACAAGGCCAGUUCCUUGUAGACUGCGAGAGCUAUCUGUCACAUCCACAGAUGGGCACAACGAAAACAGUACACAUAUUUCACAACUCAGAGCAGCCAGCAUCGGUAUUCUCAAUCCUGGACACGGGUUCCAAGAACAUCCAUGUGAUAGCAGAUGGCUUGUUCGACCUGCUAAUGAUGAAGCUCUCCCAACAUUACACAUCGAAGAAACAAACUAAGAUUGAGAGCAAAGGACCGAGGUUUGAACUCGGUGACUUCUGCAUAAAACUUGGUUCCGUGACUAUGAAUCAGAGUUUUAAAGGAAUACUUGUUGAGGUGGAGUACCGUCCAUGUGUCACACCCAACGCGGUUUGGGGUUUGUUACGUGAGUUCCUGCAAGGUUUCCUCGGUCCCUCUGUAAUGGUGCAGGCGCCACAGCAUCUGGUCUCCAGAAUGAACGAAAUAUACACUCCCAUAGACACUAUAUACCAGUACUUAGAACACUUCAGUGCUUACAGAAAGAUCACCGGCAUGAGAAGUGCGUAGCAAUCUGAUUAAGGAUAAAUUGGCUAAGUUUUAAGGUUUAAAUAAAUUGUAAGUUUGUAAUA